CCCACAUGUCCCGUCUCCGCCUCUCCCUCGCACAGCAAAUAGCACAGCUCGACGAGCCUGCGCCCCUCGACGUCGACCCCGAGGACGACGUCCGCGCUUCCCCUGACCCACAAGACGCGUCUGCAGAUCCCAGGGAGCACUACCUCGAUGUCGGUCCGUCCACGCUCCGCAAGCUGCAGGAUAGCAUCGCGGACCCAAAAUACGUCGGCGUAAAGACCUCACGCAAGCAGUUGCUCGAGUGGAGCCAGUCCGAGGGUGAGGACGAGGAAGGCCCCGCGUCGCAGGACGAGAGCGCAUCCGAGGACGAGCCUGCGCCCAUGCGCGACGCGGCAGGCAUGGACACGGACGAAGACGCGACCGACGGGGACGACGUCCCAGAAGACAGCGCGGAAGAGCACGCGUCCCCGCCGUUGAAAAGACAAGCCGUGCAGGAGCCCCCAGAAGAUCUCUCUUCGACACUCCGCCAAAAGCGCGACGAGGACCGUCGAAAGGGCAAGGCAGUCGCCAGACAGCUUGGCCUUUGGGACGCGCUUCUCGACGCACGCAUCCGUUUACAAAAGUUCGUCGUCGGCGCGAACAAGCUCCCCUCCCAUUCCCAGAUCCCAGAUAUCACAGCCCACCCCCGCUGCCUCGCGGCGCAGCACGCGCUGCUGGCCGAAGCGACGCAGCUCUCCGAAGAACUCUUCGCCUUUCGCGAGGGCUUGAUGGCGCAAGACGGCGUGCGCCCGCGGAAACGGCGCAGGCUGCACGAGGGCGCGAUCGAUGUCGAUGAUCUCGAUUACGACGCGGUGCUCCGCGACGCGAGCGAGUCGCAGGCCGCGUACGAACACGCGCUGCACCCCCACCUGACGCAGACGCUCGCCAAGUGGUCCGCCAAAAUCGCCGCGGUCGCGCCCGGGACGCUGCUCGCGCCGUCGCGCACGGCGUUCAGCGCGCGCGGCACGCAGGGCGUGAAGAGCGUCGCCGCGCAGGUCGACGAGGCGCUCUCGGCGGACGGGGAGAAGCUCCUCGCGCGCACGCGGGUGCGGCGGGGCGCCGCUGCCGCCGCACAUAGUGGGGGCGAGCCCGAGGAGGACGUGUUCGACGACACGGACUUUUACCAGCAGCUCCUGCGGAGCGUGAUCGACGCGCGGGAGGGCGCGGGCACGGGCGCGGCCGACUGGAUGGUGCUGCAGAAGCAGAAGAAGGCGCGGAAGGCGGUGGACACCAAGGCCAGCAAGGGCCGGAAACUGCGGUACGAGGUGCACGAGAAGAUGCAGAAUUUCAUGGUGCCGGUUCCGCUGGCGGGGGGCGGGUGGCACGAAGCGCAGAUCGACGAACUGUUUGCGUCGCUGCUCGGGAAGGGGUUCGGCGACGGCGGGGGCGCACCGGCUGUAGAGCCGGGCACCGGGGCGGAGAUGCUGAAAGGGUUCAGGGUGUUUGGAUAGUUUGCGACGUGUCCAUGUUAUUUUUUUGUGUUUUUUUUGUGUUUUUUUAUCUUUUGGGAGAAGCGCAGUUGCGGUGGCCACGGGUCCCGAAAAGGCAAGGGUGCGUCACUGCAGACUCGCCCGACGACGCUCGGCUGCUGCACUCCGCCGCCUCUCCCUCCGUCGUCGCCGUCCGCAUCGUGUCGGCCGUCUCCUGCGAAUACAUCGCUUCUCCCACC